UGUUCUCGUCAGGUCAAGAUCCAUCUCUUUCAAGGUCUCUCCCAAGCCUUCUGCGCCUCCUCUUGCUUCAGUGUUCAGUCUUCUUCUGGAAGCCUUCUGCCUGGUCGUCGUGGAAUCUCGCUGGGGUUCUGCAUUUGCCGCCGUAUAAUUGAGAAUCGCCUUGUUUUCCUCCGUCGGAAAAUUAAAUUCCGGCCGAUGAGGGUUAAUUUCUGGUGAUCGGAAUCAAGAUUUGCUACUUCCUUUCCGUUUUUCCGGACUUCGUAGCAGUGUCUCCAGGAGCUUUGCAGGAAGUACCAGCCGAAGUCAGUGAUUCCGGGUAACGAGUUUAUGGCAAGGUCCGGCACCAGCCUUGCUUCCGCAGGCCUUUCUUCAUAAAUGCUGCUGAUUUCGGACCUCCCUGAACAAGCAACUUCGCACCACAAUUGCGUCUCUUCUUCUUCAUCUCCUUCUCUCUCUCUCUCUCUCUCUCUCUCUCUCUCUCUCUCUCUCUCUCUGCGUGACAUUGAUUCUAGAAAAAGUAAUCGGGAGCAGUUUUUGGUGGGCCUUGCGCUUCGAUCCUGUGAGCUAUACUGGUAUUCUUUACUCCCUGGUCCCAGACCUACUCUGUUAAAUAUGGCGGGCAAGCUUCCCGGUUCCUCGUCUUCCAAUAGAACCAUUCUUUUGUCUUUUGUCCGCUUCUUCUAUCUUUAAUUUCAAAUUGAAGGGGUCUUGAGCAGCAUCGUUUGAAAAAAAACAGCGAGUUUUACACCUUCACCUUCUUCAUCUUGUCCAUGCUCGUCUUCCCUUUUGUUUCUCGUGGUUUUAUCUCGCCAAGGUCGUCACAAGUUAUACGGUUGUUCAUUCUGAUCGAUCGCAUCCCUAGUUGGUACCAACGACCUCCGAGCCCCUUAAGAAACAGCUUUCUGGCGGAACCAUCCACCGAUCUGUGCAUUGUCAAAUACUGGUUCGAGUCGCUUUCGAGAAGUUCGCCAUAUUAACCGAAUGAACAUGGCAACAGAGAGGCUGCGAAUACCGGAAUCCAAAGGCGGACAUUCGGAGGAGAAACAGAGACCCCUGAUGCUCAAGGAUUUCUUGAACGAUACUAGCCCGAUUCACGUCACGAAGAACAGGCAGAAUCACCAUCCAACUUCGAAAGAAUGUCGGACCACUGUGAAGUAUCUUCUGGAAAUGGAAUCCAAGAGCAAGAAGAAAGCCCUCCAAGGCGUCGGCAUUGUCUCCUCCCGACAUGCUUCCUCCACCCGUUCUGCAUUACGUAGGGCUUCGGAGGUCCUAGUCAAGCUUCUGCCCUUCUCAAGCGACACUCCAUCUCAACAAGGACAUGGUACCACCAUCCGCCGGGUGCAUAACGUCAACAAAUUAGGCUCAUUUCCACAUAGGCUGCCUUCCGCGAGGGAAUCCCGUGUCCCAAAUGGAAGCCUUUCGCGAAGGCUGUCUGCUCUCCUGAGAAAUAUUUCUCGCCGACGCCAUUACAACAAAAGACGGGCCGAAACCCCGGUCCGGGUUCGAGACAUCGUGCGGUGGGCAUCAUUUGGGGACGAAGAAACAACGCCCUGCGAGUAUAGUAACUCUCGAACCCCACUGCGAGAGGAAGCACAUGUGCGGACCCAUGAUGGAACAUCGGAUUCUCUCUCGUCUUCACGGACAAGUAGCUAUACGUGGUCCGAGUUCGGGCAGGAGAGCGACUGUGCAUCGACAUUGCAGUCCUCCAGCGGGAGUUCGGUGUGCUCUGAGGCUGACGUGAUGAAGGACAAGAUGCUUUUACUAAAUUACCACGGCAAGGAGGAAGAAGAACAGGCGGUGGAGGAAAUUUUACAGAAGGGAUGCCGUGAGAGACCAACAGCCGACACCCCAGUUCGCCUACUUGAGCGUGAUAGCGCCGGAGGGUUGGCAAUGUCGGAAGGAGGAUCUGAUUCCCUCGAUACAGCAGAUACCUGCUGCGCCAACGAAGAGGAGCAGGCUGAUAUCCAACGGCUCGAGCAUGGGGGUGAUGGACUCACUGGACGCAUUAACGCUGAGGGGCAUGAGAAAGAACUGUUUAGCCCAAUUUCUAUUCUUGACUUCUCAUUUGAAGAUGAUGUCAUGGCAGCACCUUUCGAGGAGGGCCUUGCAAAUAGAAGAAGAACCAAGCGGCAGCUGCUGCAGAAGAUUGGCCGGCAUGAAACUCUUAUUCAGCUUGAUCCAGUUGACCUGCAGAAAAGCUUUGCGUCAUCAAGGUUGGAGAUUUUGGAUGAACAUCCUGAAAAUUUCGCCAACUAUCAUGACAGCAGCAACGGGCAUGACCUAAAUGAUGUAAAAACAGAAGAUGUGGAGGAAUGCAUAAAGGAGAUACUGAACGAGUUCUUGGAUGCACCAACGAAGAGGCAAUGGGGAUCUUUUGAACUGCUUGUUAUUGACAUCUUGAGGGAAGAAUUAAGCAUUGGAAGUAAACUCGAUGAAGAAGAUUUGGUGAAAAUUUCUAGUGAACGACUAAAAGAAUGGUUUCUUCUGGAAAAUCAGAUAGAGGAGAGCAGGGAAUUAUGCGUGAAGGAAAUGGAAGUGACUGAAGAUUGGAGGAAAUUUAUGAUGGAAAAAGAAGAAAUGGUUUUGGAAAUGGAGGUCACUGUUUUAAGAAGUUUGGUCGAUGAGCUAUUGCUGGACCUCAUGGAUUGAGCUCAGGUGAACCAUGAUUCUGCAGUUUGCACUGCCUUGACCACCAUGUCCUCCAUCUGUCUGCAUGACAUCAUGGUGCUAAAGUACCAGACUGCAACAACAACUAGCCAGAUCCUGCGCCAUUGAACAUCUCUUAUAUACACUCAACACAGUUCAGUUGUCAUCAGAAUAUGGUCUGCUAGCUAAAGCAGCAUCUGUAAUCACGUUUCUGUUAGAUCUUCAAAAGGUUGUACAUACUUGGGGGUCUCAUUUGUAAGCUGCAAUUUUCCCCUA